GCAUGCCAGGGACAAGGCUGAAAAAAAAGAAUAGACUGUUUGGCACAAGGAAUUACAGCCAUUUUUUUGUAAUAACUUAUAAUGGAGUAUAAUCUGCAAAAAUACUGGAUCACUAUGCUGGACACCUGAACUACUACAAUAUAAUGUAUCAACUAUACGUCAGUUCUUUAAAAAGAAAGAAAGAAAAUAAAUCUACCUAAUCUCUCCAAAGCCUAUGCACUUUGUGUUGAGUCAGGCCAGGGCCUAACUCUGGAAGACCUUGAAUAGCAGGUAGAGGCAUCACACAAGCUGGGCGAGUCACUUGGGGCAUUGGAGUAGGUACCUGCCGUGAUCAGAGCCAGAGUUCAGACACCCACGUCCCAGCUCUGACUCACUGAGGGCCCCAGGGCAAGAUGCUACCUCUUUCUGGGCCCUCACCUUCCUGCUUGUGAGCUGAGCAAAUCCCCCUCCAGUUCUAAGACCAUAGGAAGCUGUGUUGGAUUUCUAGGGCUGCCAUAAUAAUUGACCAUAAGCAGGUGUGGCUUAAAACAGCAGAUACUCUCUUUUUAUUUUGUGUUUUCCCAGGCUAGGGGUGGAAUCAGAGCUGCUGAGUUCCUCUGUCUGGCUGAUCACCAUCAAAAGGAAUGAAUAAAAUAAUGAGACUUGGGUUUGAUGCCUGACCCCGAAUAUUUUCCCUGGCUUGCCAAGCUUCUUCGUCUCUGAGCAUCACAACAUUGAGGUAAUUUUGAUUGAUGAGGAUGGAACUAAAUGCCCAGCACCCACACAUCUCUAACCGGACUUUUUAUAUUCUCAUCAUAGGGAAACCUAACGAUAAAAUGAGGAACAAAAGUCAGGUGGCAAAGAGUGGAACCCAGCCACAGUUUUCACUUUAUAUUAAUUUACAGGAAAAUUUAAAUACAAUUCUAGGUUUAACUUUUAAACUUUUUUAAAAAGUUACUUGAAAAAAGCAUUUAGGUCAAAUCCCUUUGGCUUUCCUUGCAACUUUGACAAGCUCUUUCCAUUCUGAACUCCCAUCCGGGCAGGGACUCUUCUCUCCAAAUCGCGGUUCAGAAAAGCUAAGUAAACAAAAAGCUAUUUAGUUGCUGGGCGUGAAGGCGGCGAGGCCACACCUUAGAACACGGACAGAAAUCUAGCGCCAGGAAGCAACGCCCCCUAGCGCAGCGGGGGGACCCUUCACCCGGGUCCCCUCCUCCUUUGACGAAACAGCCGGGAGGCGGAGCUAGUACCGCGAAUAUGAACGGCCGCUUUUUUCCACGUCUCCUAGUUUCACACCGGACACUAAAGACCGACGCACAAACUUGGAAGGUACCAUCCUUUUGAUUUAAUCAACGUAUCAAAAUAUGAGAUAUUGGUAGGAAUAUACAUAGAAAUUUAAGUCCCAAGACCACUUUAUAUUUUUUUCUGUCAUAGUGGUAAAUAAGUGGCAAUUUGAGACAAAUUAUUAUGUUUCCCUUCAACUUCGGGCCUUAAUUACUUGGGCUCGCUCAUACAUCACUUCCGGAGAUCGCGCACCUAAAUACCGAAAAAACCAGGCGUGGGUCCGGCAAAGAAGGUUGGCGUCCCGGCUGCGCUCUAAUGGGUCGGAGGAGAGCGCCAGAUGCUGGGUCCCUCGGCCGGGCCCUUAUCCGUCAGCAAGUUCAGCGGAGCCGUAGCCAUCGUCACACCGACGCCUGGUUGCACACAAGUGAACUCAAUGAUGGCUAUGAUUGGGGUCGUCUCAAUCUUCAGUCAGUAACUGAACAGAGCUCCCUGGAUGACUUCCUUGCAACUGCAGAACUUGCAGGAACAGAGUUUGUAGCUGAGAAGCUUAAUAUUAAGUUUGUGCCUCCUGAAGCUAGAACCGGACUACUGUCUUUUGAGGAGAACCAGAGAAUUAAAAAACUCCACGAAGAAAACAAACAGUUUUUGUGUAUACCAAGGAGACCAAAGUGGGACCAAAAAACUAGCCCAGAAGAACUCAAACAGGCAGAGAAAGACAACUUUCUAGAAUGGAGGCGUCAGCUUGUCCGAUUGGAAGAGGAACAAAACCUGAUAUUGACUCCAUUUGAAAGGAAUUUGGACUUUUGGCGUCAGCUCUGGAGGGUGAUUGAGAGAAGUGAUAUCGUGGUCCAGAUAGUAGAUGCUCGAAAUCCACUCCUGUUUAGGUGUGAAGAUUUGGAGUGUUAUGUGAAGUCACUCGAUGACAACAAGGAGAAUGUCAUUCUGAUAAAUAAGGCAGACUUACUGACGGCCGAGCAGCGGAGUGCCUGGGCCGAAUUCUUCGAAAAGGAAAAUGUGAAGGUCAUUUUCUGGUCAGCUCUUGCGGAAGCCAUUCAAGUGACUGGUGACUCUAAGGCAGAAGUGAAUGGAGACCCUGGAGAAGCCAUCACAACUGAGGUUGAAAACUCCAGUUGCGACGAGACCAAACUUCCACACAGUGAGACUGAACACCUUCCGAGUAGUGAAGCUGCCAGCAGUGACGAGGGUGACAGUGAGUAUGAGGACUGUCGGGAGGAGGAGGAAGACUGGCAGACGUGUUCAGAAGAGGGCAGCGACCCGGACGAGGAGGCCCGUGGCCAGGACUGGAAGGAAAGCUGUGCUAUAGAUUCUGAGGCCCAAGAAAGGAAAACCCCGCAGAAGAGGCAGAUACACAAUUUUAGCCACCUGGUAUCCAAACAAGAAUUACUGGAGAUCUUUAAGCAGCUACACUCUGGAAAGAAGGUGAAGGAUGGACAGCUGACUGUUGGGCUGGUGGGCUACCCGAACGUUGGUAAGAGUUCAACGAUCAACACCAUCAUGGGCAACAAGAAAGUAUCUGUGUGCACACCCGGCCACACCAAGCAUUUUCAGACUCUCUAUGUGGAACCUGGCCUGUGCUUAUGUGACUGCCCCGGCCUGGUGAUGCCAUCCUUUGUCUCUACCAAAGCCGAGAUGAUCUGCAGUGGGAUCCUCCCGAUUGACCAGAUGAGAGAUCACGUCCCAGCCAUAUCACUAGUUUGCCAGAAUAUUCCAAGACGUGUUUUAGAAGCUACAUACGGCAUUGACAUCAUAAAGCCUAGAGAGGAUGAAGAUCCCCAUCGACCGCCAACAUCAGAAGAAUUCUUGACAGCUUAUGGAUACAUGCGAGGAUUCAUGACCGCACAUGGACAGCCAGACCAACCUCGAUCUGCACGGUACAUCUUGAAGGAUUACGUCAAUGGCAAACUCCUGUACUGUCACCCUCCUCCUGGGAGAGAUCCCGUGACCUUUCAGCAUCAAUACCAGCGACUCCUAGAGAACAAAACGAAUGGUGGGGAAGUAAAAAUGCCACCAGGCAGAAAUAAAAAAGCAAAUCAGAUUGAAAAUGUAGUGGACAAAACUUUUUUCCAUCAAGAAAAUGUAAGAGCUUUGACCAAAGGAGUCCAGGCUGUGAUGGGCUACAAGCCUGGGAGUGGCCUGGUGAUGGCAGCAACUGUGAGCUCUGAGAGGGGGGCUGGGAAGCCUUGGAAAAAACAUGGCAACAGAAAUAAAAAAGAGAAAAGUCGUAGACUCUAUAAGCACCUGGAUACGUGAACUUGGGCUUCAGCUGAGAUGGCAUCUGCACUGUGCAUCCAUGGUGCUAUAGGGCGGGCCCUGCCCUUGUGAUGCACAAGCACAUCUGGCAGCCAGUUCAAGACAGAGGGACUCCUCAGAGCACCAGCUCCGACUAGCAAAGUCAUCUCAGAGCCCCAGAAACCUGCUUCUGAAGAAGGCUGAAUCUAAGAUGAAUGAAUAAUGUGUAUUUACUUGUGUAAGCCCAUACACAAAUGCAUAGUAAUUUGUAACUGGGGGUUUUUUUGAAAAAAUAUUAAAAUUAAAUUGCCACUUAGA